AUGCACGUUCACAAGUCCACGGCAUGGGCAGUUCAGUCCCCCGCAGGCCCUUGCUUCGUCGCAUUUGGACGCGUGGAACACAGCACGAGAGGCGGUUGUCAUAGUUUCGUCGCCCCGUCGCACGCAAGCGCGUCAGCCAUUGCCGCUGCUCCAGAUGUGUCUGUCCCCGUCGAUGCGCCGGGGUCCUUCAACGAUGGCGGUUUCCUCGCGCUUGUCACGGCCUGCCUGCUCGUCAGGCAUUUUUUCCCCCAGCGCCACGCCCGGUUGCGUUUUGCUUUUCCACGAGCCCGGGCCUGUGCUGUCGGUGGUCUUCAAGGCUUCGUCCGAACGAUUCGGAAUCCGCAUUUCGGCAGGCACGGCAAUAAAAGGCAGGGAUGGAUCGCCCUGCACCCGCGUAUACCCCAUGCAGCAUUGAAUCGCGCUCCCCUGCGACAAGUUGAUAGCCUCUUGAACCUUUCCACGUCACGCGCUGCAAAAAUAGCUGGGGCCAGGCUCGCCUCGGUGCUGCCAUAA